GGGAAUGUAAAAUAAUGUAUUAAAAAUAUAAAAAGGUAUACUGGAAUGGGACAGUUUUUAUUAUUUAAUUCUAAAAAAACCAACUAAAAAAGAAAACAAACAAAGCCUAAAGCACUUGAACUACAAUAUAAUAUAUCUGAAAUGGUAGAAAAAGAGCGUAUGGAUUAUGGAUAAACAAAUCAGGCCUGGAAGUCGUGGAGCCACCAAUCUCAGAGACCAUACACUCAGCUGCCAACCCAAGAAGUAAAGAAGACAUUAUGUCGGCUUCAGCUUUAGGUCCUCCUCCUCCUCCCUGGGUGUUUCGCUCUCAUUUCGCCAGCAAGAAGAAGUUAGCCACCCGUUGCGAGUUGCGGAGGAGGGACGGCAUAAACGACGACGAUGGGCCAAAGCCAAGGGCAAAGAAAACCGGAAGCGAUCUGGCGCGACUGGCAGCUUCACUGUUUGGCACCGGUUUCGUGUUGGGGCCAAUCAUCGAUGGAUUACAUUCCAGGGUAGGGCUUGUGGUGUACCAGAAUGGCGCCAUUGAUAUUGGUCCACUUCACACCAACAUCUGGGUUCCCCCAUUGCUUGGACUGUAUUACACUGUGGUUGGCUUGCUGCAACUUUCACUUGACCCAACCAAUGCUAAAGCUCCCAGCCUUCAGAAAACUGCUGCUUCUCUUUUAGCACUGGUGUUAUUCAUUGAACUGAGUGCCGAACUCUACAAGGCUGGAACACCAGAUAAUAUAGAAGCAUACACACUCUUUGCAGCAGCACAACUCAUGUGGCUCCUCUUUGACAACACUGCCUCUGGAUUUCUGUGGGCUUCUAUUCUAGGCAUUGCCUGUCCUCUCUCUGAGAUUCCCUGCAUGAAGUUUUUCAAUCUCUGGUACUACCCCCAAGCAAAUGUCGAGAUUUUCGGCCAGGGGCUUGUUACUUGGACCAUCACUUGCUACUUUGCCUACACCCCAUUCUUGAUCAAUUUAUCACGUUGGCUCAAAUCUAUAAUUCUUGAUCCUGCUGACUCUUCGGAUGAUGUUACCCAAAACUGAAUCAGUCUCCCUGUUAUGCCGAUGCAUCAACCUCUGCCCAUAUGGUUUCAGCAGCGGGUGAAAAUUAUGAUAACCUGAUUUAGGGGCUGGCCAAUUCAGACCAUUAUCCACCGCUUGACCAGAUGAUCCUAGUUUUUAUCAAUUGAAGGAUUCAAAAUGAAAUGGGAAUGUAUAUAUUCAGGUUAGCAUUCUAUCAAAGUAGACAACAGCAUGAUUCGCACGUCUGCUAUACUUUCUUAUUUUUACUCGAGAAAUAAUCAUCUGUGAGCCAGAAUCCGGAAAACACAUAUAUUACAGACAUCUAACUGCCACUUCUUUGGCCUAGUGGAAUUUUCUUUUUAUCCAGAAUUUGAUUAGCAAAGCUACUUUGUAUACAAUACAAGUAUAACAAGAAACAUCAGGCAUGCAUCUCAAUGUAUCUAGUAUAAAAAUCCACCUCUGACAAGGAAGCAAAAUGUGGAAGAUCAUCUGCUUACCCUCCAAGCAGCCUUCCAUGCUUAAGUUGAAGCUAGUCUGCGAAAACAACGUUGACAAUAGAUGGGAACCUCUCCUUUAUUGCAGCUUUGAUUCCUGAUCCAAUGGACUCAGGCCCCUCGUAUUUCACGAUACAAUCGCUUCCCUCGACAGAUAGCACCUGUACGCUACCACCAUAGUUUUUAAUGGCCGGUCUCAGCACAUCAAGAUGACUAUUCACUGCCUCGGCAGUAACCUCUUUUAUCUGCUCAUCGUAGCCCACUUGGCGGAUUUCCUUAACAGCAUCACCGAAUUUUUCCUUGAGUACUCUUUCAAUUCCCAUUGUCAUCGUUGUGGUUGAACUGGGACAGCUUUCACAUGCUCCUAAUUAUGUCCAAUUGAACAGCAAAAUUAGAACUAAUAAACUAGCCACAGGUUAAAGUCCAUUCGGGCAGAAGGUUGAAACUAAAGCUUUGGGGGCUCUACUACAAUUCACAAACAAAACGGCAAAAAGGAAAAAUAAAAAGAAACAAAAGAGAGCAGAAAUGCUAAUAACCAAUCAUUUCCGUAUCCACAUUAUCUUUCGCUAACAUGUGUGGAAGUCCAGCAAUCUUGCUUACCAGAGGGCCUAAUGAACUUUCAGUGAGCAAAUAACAUUGAAAUGAUUAGCAAGGAGUGGUUGAUUUUGGCACGUACCUUGAAGCUGGAGAGAAAUGACGCCGUCUUCAACGGAAACUACAUCAACGUUGCCACCGUCGGCGAUUAGGUAAGGCCGGACGUCCUCCAGUACCAUGUCCACGUUCUCCGCCGUCAGCUCGUAUUGAGCGGCCGAGUAUAGUCCUCCUCCCCCGGACGACGAUGACACAGAAGCCGAACCACUUGCCCCCGAUCUCGCCGCCGUUACUCGCCUCUGUUGGUGCUUUUUGAGGGAACCCAAAGCCGCCGGCGUCGGGAUAUUGAAACAGAAGUUUCGCAGAAGUACUGUGUUCCGUCGCGUCGGCGGUGGUGAAUUUGUGAAUCGGAGAAAACAGGGGGCGGCUGCCGCCAUUUCUGGUUAUCCUCAAGAGCGCGCCUCCCCACGAAAAAUAACUAACAAGGCAAGAUUUCUUCUCUAUUUACCAUUUUGGUACCUAUUAAAUUAAUGUGGAGCUCGUGAGAUGUUCGGGAUUAUCACGUGCAAUAUCAAAUUGGCAAAAUUUCAAAGUUUGACACGUAUUUUGGGAAAAAGCAAAACAUAAUUAAAAAUUUAAAAAGUUGGACAAAAACAAAAGACACCAUGAAAGUUGAAACCAAUUGCAUUUUGGUCAGCUCUCAGCUCAGCUAAAAAAAUAUUCAAAAAGCAUUAAAUCAUUCUGUGGUCAUUACUUUGACACAAAGGUUAACUGUAAAUUUGUGGUCACCAACUAAUCAUCCUCAUAGUUUAUCACUUUUCAACAUUUACACUUUACAGUCAUUCAUAUGCUGUACAUUUGUCUCAUGUACUUUUGAUAAAUAACUUGUUUUAAAGGAUUUAAAUUGUUUUGUGAUUAGUGCAAUUGGGAUUUCGAGAAUCAAGGAAAAGAUAGAUGAGUAGGUGUCCCUUUAAUUUGUUUUUCAGGCCAAUAUAAUGUAAUAGAUAGAAAGCCAAUGUUAUAGUUCGGGUGAAGUCUUAAGAAUUUAUGCUCAUGUUGAAAAAAUAAAAAUGAAAAUCUAACCGAAACGACUUUAAGAGUAUUACAAUAGUGAUGAUGAUCUUAACGACAUUUUUAGGAUAUGUUUGUUUCGUUUUUUAAUGUAUGUUUUUAGGUAUUUUUUAUAUUGAGAAUGUAAAAAAAGUGUAUUAGAAAUAUAAAAUGGUAUGAUGGGAUGGGAUAGUUAUUAAUAUUUUAAUUUAAAAAUAUCCAAAAAAAAAAAAACAAACUAAAAGUGAGUUCUCAGAAGAGUUAGAAGUCUUUUAUUUCAAACCGUAACUGUUGAUCUGUGUUCUUUCUCUUCUAAAUGCAUUAACGAACAUUUAGAAUACUGUCCAAUCUUGUGUUGAUACGACACCGUACACUGAUAAUGAAGUACUCCAUUAAGUCAUCAGCGUGCAUGAAAUAAAUACUGUUGUAUGUUCAUGUCGUUUAAUAUUAACUAGAUGCUUGCCUCGGGAAAUGUUUGGGGUGCCACUUGUAUUUUUAAAUCGAUUAAAUAAAAAAUACGAAUCAUUCUUAAAAGAAUAAAAAAAAAUUGAAGAAUAAAAAUCGAUUGAAAGUGCAGGAAGUGAGUUCACAUAAAUCUAUGCCCAGAUUUACAACA